AUGGUUCGCCCGACGCCCCGAAGUAACAGCCGGCUGAGCAUGACAAGCAAAGCCGGCGGUGGAAGUCGAGCAUCUGACGAUGAGAGUCGCACAGCAGUCAAAGUCGCUGUACGAGUGCGACCACCGUUGAAAGCUACCGAUCCCGGUUUCGAACUCAUCCCCCAGCGAUUCCAGCGAUCUAUGGUACACGUCACGUCGAAUACCAGCCUAGCGAUAGAUUCACCACAAGGAAGGAAACUCUUCGUCUUCGACCGCGUUUUUGGACCCGACAUUGGCCAGGAUGGCAUCUGGGAAUAUGUAUCCGACUGUGUCAAUGCUUUCAUCCAAGGUUAUAACGUAUCUUUGUUGGCCUACGGCCAGUCAGGCGCAGGAAAGUCGUACACAAUGGGAACGGCCGGUCCUGUUGAGCAAGGCGAUAUCGAGUUGAAGGGUGUUAUUCCUCGAGCUGCAAUAGCGCUCUUCGAAAGAUUAGACACGUCCAAAGCCGCGGCAACGAAGUCUAACCGACAUUCCAUGUCGCAACUCCGAUCUCCCCAAAGAUAUUCCACACAUGGCCAAGUGGGUCUGGGCGAACGAGGCUGGGCCAUGAAGGCAACAUAUGUUGAAAUUUACAACGAGCAGCUUCGCGACCUUCUCGUCGAGGAUCACGUACCAUCGAACGAACGGAGUCCCGUCACGAUUCGCGAAGAUGUCAAGGGAAACAUUCUUCUUACUGGCUUGAGACAAGUGGAUAUUAAUUCCAUCGAAGAUCUGAUGAACGCGCUGAGCUUCGGUUCGUCUAUAAGGCAGACGGACGCGACUGCUAUAAACGCAAAGUCCUCUCGAUCCCAUGCCGUUUUCAGUUUAAAUUUGGUGCAGCGGAAGAAUGGCCCGCAGGCGGCCCAGGGCGCAGAAAAACGGUUCUCGAUGCCCGUCGAUUCCAUGUCAGGGUCUGAAUCCUGGGUCACCACCGACAGCAAAUUGCAUUUCGUCGAUUUAGCCGGCAGUGAGCGUCUGAAGAAUACUGGGGCUCAAGGCGAGCGUGCGAAGGAAGGCAUCUCCAUCAACGCCGGUCUCGCCGCCCUUGGAAAAGUUAUCUCGCAGCUAUCUUCCCGACAGGCGGGAUCCCACGUCUCUUAUCGUGAUUCCAAGCUCACUCGUCUCCUUCAGGACUCGCUGGGAGGCAAUGCCAUCACCUACAUGAUUGCUUGCGUGACCCCCGCCGAAUUCCAUCUGAGCGAGACCCUCAAUACGGUGCAAUAUGCGCAGAGGGCCCGAGCUAUCCAGAGUAAGCCGCGGAUACAACAAGUGGAUGAGGGUGACAAGCAAGCCCUCGUUGAUCGUCUGAAGGCCGAAGUAGCUUUCCUUAGGGAGCAGAUUCGCAGCGCAGACCGUGUCGGCGGGGAGCGACGCACCCUCACCACAAGCGAGAGGUCCGAGCGGCCCAACGAAAGGGAGGUUGAACUGCAGAACCAGCUUCUUGACAUCCAAGAAAAUUACACCACUCUAAGCCAGCGCCAUGCACGGCUUAUUGCCGAAAUGGCAAAGGCGCGGGAUAACGAGAUAGCGGAAAACCAGCAAUUGGAAGAAUCCUUGGACGACAGCGCCACCGAGCGGUUAAAUCGCUCCAACUCUUUCGCUCAAGCCGUCGAGCAGGUUGUGCUCGAGUAUGAAAAGACAAUCCAAACCCUCGAACAAUCUCUCUCUAGCACCCGUACCACCCUGUCCAACACCGAAGCGUCGCUCCUGGAGAAGGAGACCAAGUAUGCCUAUGUCGAGACAAUCAACACCCAGCUGCAGGCUCGACUUCAGAAACUCAUGGAUCGUGAGGCCAGCACGGAAAAUUAUUUGCACGACCUCGAGGCUAAGCUCGACGGCCACACAUCCGGCGAGGAAAAGAAUGCCACCAUCAUUUUAGAAUUACGCAAAGAAAUUGCCCGUGUCCGCGAGAAUGAAGCCGCGUGCGAAGACUACAUUUCGACCCUCGAGGAGCGCCUCGCUGAAGCUGACCAAGAUGCCGAACUGAUGCAGCGUGAAAUUGACAGGCUUGAACAAGUCAUCGAGCGCCAGAGAAGCCUCGGCAAACUCGACUCUCUCCUUUACGAGCUCGACCACCUCCAGCAGGACGGGCGCCAUACGCCUGUCGCCGAGGUUGAAGUGACUAAUGGCGUCGCUCGUCGUCGGUCCUCCUCUCUCCCCCAUUCCCGGACACUGUCCCAUGUCAGCCGGCACAGCCAAAAAGAGGCCGUCAUCCCCGAAGGUGAAGAGGAGGAGGAGGAGCUGGCAGAGGCAGAGGCAGAGGAAGAGGAGCGGGAACGGGAACCCCAGGAGACCGAGGACAACCGUGCGGCUACCCCGCCUGUCCAUUCAGCCGCGGCCGAGGAACAGCGAGCUGUCGUCGAGGAUGCUCCUGCUUCACCCCAGGAGAAAUCUGCCGAGAGUCUCGAGGAUGGCGGUGCUCUCAAGCCCGCCGCUGAGAUAUCCGAGUAUCCUCCUCAGAGCCCCGCGCAGAGCAAAUUUGUUGCCGAUAAGCUCGAGGCUGUCACUCAAGAGCUUGUCGAUCUCCGUGUGGAGCAUGAGACCACCCUCCACGAUUAUGACAGCUUGCAUGCUAAGUAUGAGGAGGCCCUCCGCAAUCUUGCCGAGCUGCAAGACGUGAUCGAUGAGUCUCGACAUCCUCACCGUGGCGUUCGCGACUCGGUCCUCUCUGUCACUUCUCCAGCCACGACCCGCCCCGAUUCCUUCAUGUCUGAUUCGCGCUCUAGCGACCCCAAGGAUAGCGGCCGCUUUUCGGCAUCCCGCUCUCUAUCAUCCGAGCUCUCUUCGGCGAUGGAAUCCCCCGCGACCGUCGAUACAUCGGAUGCCGAGACUGCGACGGCCAAGCCCGAGCCUCAACAGUCACCUGUCGACCACGAUGGCCUCGCCGCUGAAUUGGAGCGUCUAAAGGCUCUUGCGGCCGAAAAGGAGGCUGCUGAGCGCGAGCUCGCGAAUAAGUACAUCGAGCUCGAGUCGAAGCACCACGAGACUCUUGAUCUUGUCGAAGAACUCAAGACCGAAGUGUCCAAGGCCAAGGCUGCCGAGGCUUCGUCGCCGAGGACAAACACUCCCGUCAUCCGACGCAAGUCUAGCCAGAACGUCAUGAUCAUUGACCGCGCCCAUAGGUCGUUCGCAUCUCUUCGAAAUAUCGCUGCCGAAAACUUCGAAAGGGACCCCGACGUCAUGCAAAGCUUCGAACUCAACCUUAACGCUGCUAUGCAUGAGCUCCACGCGAGAUCCGAGCGAAUCCAAGAGCUUGAAGCUGACGUCGCCUCUGCUCGCAAGGAGAUGGAGACCAAGAUGGCCAUCAUCUCCGGUCUCACCAGAGAAAGGUCGAGUUUGCAAGCCACUCCACGAGACAUGUCUGUUGUCUCCACACUGAAGGACCAGCUCGAGCAGAGCGAGCUACAACUCAAAGCCCUGCGGGAGGGACAUGACGCGCGGGAGAAGGAACUGACUGAAGAGAUCGAAGCCCUCCGAGCAUCCGUCAAUCAGAAGCCAUCGAACGAGUCUCCCGAUCCCGAGGUCUUCCGUGAGCAUGAGGAGAAGAUAGCGUUCCUCGAGUCUGAGCUGGCCGGCUGGGAGGAGAAGCACAGGGUCGCCCUUGAUAGUCUCAAAACGACCGAGGCACAAAUGCAACAAUCGAUCGCCGAUGUUGAGUCGCAGCUCGCUGAGGCCAAGGUUAAGCUUGCCGAGAGCCAAGCCAGGGCUGUCGACGCUGAGGCUUCUAAGGAAAUGGAGGAGAAGCAUCAACAAAUGGUUGGCGCCCUGCAGAAUGAGCUCAACGAGUACAAGAUUGUUCUUGAGAACAAUGCAGCCAAGGUUUCGGAGCUAGAAUCGGCACAUGCUGCUGUCAGGGCUGAGCUAGAUGCGGCUAUCGAGGCCCGUGAUCUUGCUAACAGUGAAGUUGCCGCUUACAAGGAGCUCGUCUCCAACCUCGAGACUAAGAUCAAUGAUCUCGAGCAGGCCGCCAAGGACCACCAGGAAGCUCUCCUCGUUCUCAAUGCAAACCAUGCCAAGGAGCUCCAGCAACUGAAGGAAUCUGAGCAGAGCAGCUAUGAAGAGCAGGUCGCCGUACUCAUGAAUGAGCACGCUGAGAGCGUGAGGAUCCUCGAGGCCGAACUCACCGACGCUAGGGAGGAGCUCAUGAAGGUUGCGACCCAGGUUGCCUUUGCCCUAGGCGUACCGACUAGCAUUGACAAGAUUACCGAGCGAAUCGACGACCUUAUUGCCGACCAGAACGCGCUCACGGAAGAGCAGAAGAAGCGAGCGGAGAUUGAGAUGAACGUAGUAGAACUCUCGUCCAUCAAUGACCAGGUCAUGCGCGAGCUGGAGACGGUGAAGAAGGCGCUCGACGAGAUGCUUGGCCGCUCCGACGACAAGCAACCCAACGGAACGUCUAAGGGCGUCAUUGGACGUCUCGCCGUGCUCAAGAAGAGGAUGGACGAGCUUGAUAUGAAGAACAAGAAGCACUCCCGACUUGUCGAGGAGCUCGAGGAACAACUCCAGCAGAACUUCGACCAGGCUCAGAUCACCAGCAACCGCCUCUCGACCCUCCAGACCGAGCGCAACGUCCAGCUCGAGGAGGCCAACGUCGCCAGGGUGAGAGCCCAAGCCGAGCUCGACGCCGUCCGGGAGGAGUACGCUGCACUACAGGCCAAGUUUGACGAGAUUAGCUCUGCUAGUCCUGAUCAAGUGAAACGCUCCAAUUCGAUGAACUCGCAGCUCCGAAAGAGCUCCUCGGUGGCUUCCCUUCCCUCACCCCCGCCUGCCAUCCCUCUCCCGCCUCUGCCCGGAAUUGCAGGCAGUCCGCCCACAGGUGGCGCACCUGGCAGCCCUACUCAGACUGGUCGACCGAUGAGCAAGGACAACAUGGCUGCCAUUUCCCAGAUCCGCGACGACCAGGAGGCUCGCAUCAGGACCAUCGAGAAGGCCCUUGGUGCCGAGAGGCAGCUCACAGCCACUCUCGAGGAGGCCCUUAGCGAUCUCGAGGCCCAAUCCAAUAAGGUGAAGUCGGAUUGCGAUGCCUGGAGGAAGCGAGCACAGGAGCUGGAGGCGGAACUUAAGGAACUCCAAAGCCGACCUGCGCCGGCUCCCCAACCCGACAAUAGGUGGAGCUUGCAGGCCGUCGAAGAGGAGCGCAAGAAGAGGCAGGCUGCCGAGGCCGCUAGGGCGCACCUGGAGGAGAGAAUGAGAGACAUCAACAAGAAGAAGAAGAAGAAGGGAUCUCUCAACUGCUUCUAA